AUGUUUGUGUUUGGUGACUCUUUGGUUGAUGAUGGGAAUAACAACUACUUGGCUUCCAUUGCCAAAGCCAACUACUACCCUUAUGGCAUUGACUUCUUUCAAGGUCCUACAGGGAGGUUCAGCAAUGGCAAAACUGUCAUUGAUUUCCUAUGUGAACUUCUUGGGCUUCCAUACAUACCAGCAUACACAACACCUGGUCUUAAUGGCACAAGAUUAAUAAAUGGAGUGAACUAUGCUUCAGCAGCUGCAGGAAUCCUUGAAGAGACUGGCCUAUAUCUUGGUGACAGGUUUAGUCUAGAUCAGCAAGUCCUCAACUUUGAGAACAACUUGAACGAUUUAAGACAAGUAAUCGGUGAUGCCGGAAACUUCACUCAAUACUUAGCGAGAUCCAUUGCAGUGAUGGUACUUGGUAGCAAUGACUACAUAAAUAACUACUUGUUGCCAUCUCUUUAUCAUUCAAGUUAUAUUUAUAACACUCAAGAGUAUGCCAACCUUCUGCUAAAUCACUACACUAGACAACUACUUGCUUUGCACAGUGUGGGGCUUCGGAAGUUCUUGCUUGCCGGAAUUGGCCCGCUCGGUUGCAUUCCGAACCAGAGAGCCACCGGAUAUGCUCCUCCGGACAGAUGUGUAUCUCAAGUGAAUGCAAUGGUUGGUUUGUUUAAUGUCAGACUUAGAAACCUUGUUCAGCAGUUGAACACAAACCAUCCCGGAGCUGUUUUUGUUUAUGGUAACACUUAUGGUGCUCUAGGUGAUCUGCUCAACAACCCCAGGAAUUAUGGAUUUUUGGUUGUGGAUCGAGCAUGUUGCGGAUUAGGAAGGGAUCGAGCGCAGAUCACAUGUGUGCCGAUAAGUACACCGUGCUCGAACCGGAGAGAGUAUGUUUUCUGGGAUGCAUUUCAUCCCUACAGAAGCAGUGUGAAUAGGAUUUUUGGCUGA